AAAAAAAAUGCACAAGCUAAUGGCAGUUUGGUCAUUUCCUAUCCCAUCCUAAUCUCCUUCUGAACUACAUCCGCCGUUAUAUCCAUUCCUUCCAUGCUCUCUGGAUUAGGGUUCCGGCGACUAUCGUGCUCCAAAACUCUUCCAUUGUUCUUUUUCCAAAUCGUUCGUUCGGUCUCAGGGAACCCUGCUUCCUAUACUUCAUCUGAAAUCCAAACUCUUAUCCUCCGCCAAUACAGCAAUGGAAAAUUCCGCGAUCUCUUCCGUGCCGCAAUAUCGGAACCCUCCUUCCUCCUCGCCGCUUGCCGGAACCUUUGCGACGAAGAAGUUCCUCUCUCUUCUGAUUCCAUCAACCGCCUUAUCUGUAUUGAAGAUCUCGCUUUCGAUCUCCGCUCCGGUCGGAUGGAUGCUGAAUCCUCAUGCGUCAAGCUCUUACCCUCUCGGAAGAAGGGGCCUCAUCUGGUCCUCCCUAAUCUUAAGCUUAAAGUUGUGAUGGAGGCAGUUCGCAUGGCCCUGGAAAUUGUUUACGAGAAGCGCAUCGCCACCUUCGCUUAUGCGGGGGGGCGGGGGGGUCGAGCGGGGAUGGGCCGUCAUACAGCCGUUAGAUAUCUCAAAGCCGCUCUCGAAAACCCGAACUGGUGGUUCUGUGUGUCUCUUAGGAGACAAGCCAUGGAUCUCUGUCGGUUGAAGGCCGUUCUGGCUGAGAAGAUCGAUGAUGAUAUAUUGAUUGGAUUCAUUGAGCGGCUAUUCGAAUCGAAGGCAGUUGCGAUCGAGCUCGGAGGACUUGAUUUGGGCCGAGGCUUUCCUCAAGAAAGUAGUUUGAACUCAAUUCUUGUGAACAUCUACUUCAAUGGCCUGGAUAAGGAGAUUCAGGAGAUUCGAGCGCAAGUACAUCGCACGAAUCCGAAAUUAAAGAACCUGGAUAGGGAAGAAGACUCACGGGUUUUUCAUAAACCGGUACGAGUUUAUGCUGUGAGGUACUUGGAUGAGGUAUUGAUUGCCACUUCUGGCUCUAAGCUGCUAAUGAUCGACAUCAAAGAUAGGAUCUUGAAAUAUGUUCAAAGCCAGAUGAGUCUGACGGUGGACAAACUGAAGGCCUCCAUCCAUAGUGCUGUCUCCGAAAAGAUGGAUUUCAUGGGAAUGGAGAUCCAAGCUGUCUCUCCUUUGGUUCUUCACCCCCCACUGUCUGAAAAAGCCAUGAGAGCAAAGAAGAAGCAUUUAAAGCAAAAGGCUGCCAAAGUUCUUGAGCUGAAAAAUGCUCGUGAAACAACAAGAAAAAAGCUUGGAUUGAAGAUACUUAAACAUGUUUUCAAGAAGCUGAAGCAUGUUGGUGGGUUCAAAAUUGACAUGCAUGUUGAGAGCGAGGUUAGAGAGCUGUUUAGAAUGUGGGCAGAAGAAGUGGUGGUGGAGUACCUGAAUUCCAAAGAAGAGUGCUACCACUGGCAUAAAAUGCUAACCUCUGGCGACUUCUUGUCUCUGAAGAGGGUGAGGGAUCAGCUGCCUGAAUCUUUGGUCGUUGCUUAUGAUCAGUUUCAGGAGAAAUUGAAUGAACAUUUUAUGCCCAAGAGAACUAGCAAGCAACUAGAAGAGAAUGAAAUGGAAGAACAAGACGAAGAGAAGAGAUAUGCAAAAAGAACAGUGGAGGAUUUGGUACAAUCAUAUGUGAGAGUAAAUGCACCAAUGGAGCUCGUGAGAAGGGCCAUAAAACUGGCCGGCUUUACAAACUCUAUGGGACGUCCCAGGCCCAUCAAGUUACUGAUCUGCUUGGAUGAUUCUGAUAUCAUAAAAUGGUAUGCAGGCGUUGCAAGGAGAUGGCUAGAUUUCUACUGCUGCUGUCGCAACUUUAAGAUGGUUAAAACUGUUGUAAGUUAUCACUUACGUUUUUCUUGUCUUCUCACCCUUGCUGAAAAGCAUGAUUCCACCAAGAAGCAGGCUAUUCAACACUAUACCAAGGACUUAAAGAUUAUCGAUGAAGAUGGAGUGGAAAAAAUGCAUUUUUCCACUGAGAAGGAAAUAAGGAUGUUGGGAGAAAGAAAACUUUCAGAUCCAAAACCUGUGGAUGGUGCCAUAACCAUGGCUUUAGUCAGAUUAGCUUUCAAUGAAGACUCGUCUGUUUGUUUGGCCCAUUUCUGUGAAAGCGAAAAUACUGUUAUUUAUCGAGUUCGUUUGUUGCAAAACAGAUUAAAUGUUGACCCCCUGAAUGAAGAGAAGUGGGUGCAUGGGAUGGGUGCAAUUCAUGAGGCUCUGAACAAAAAGUGUCUGCCUCUUUGUUCCAAGCAUGCAACUGAUUUGUUCUUGGGAAAGAUCUCUCUUCAAGACAUUGAUUGCACCUUGUUUCUGAAUUUGGAUUGAAUGAUACAAAUAUAGUGAGGUUUUUGGGAAGACUUAUAAAUUUUUUCCCCAUAUUUGAUGAACAUCAGCAGCAGAAGCAUUGACAUAUUGAAACUUGAUUGAGGACACUUCUAACUGUUUAUUGUGCUAUUGGUUACUUAUCUUUCCUGUAGAGAUUUUGGUGUAAGAGAAUCUUGAUCUGCAGAAAUAUAAUUUUUUAUGGGCAGAGAAUAUAACUGGAUUUCAGGGUAUAGCUGUUGCUACAUGAAGAGCAAUGACAGGAUAUUUUCUCUCAGCUAAAUGUUUUAAAGAAGCACACUUUUAAGUUUAGAUUUUGAUUCAGAUUAAGCAUGGUUCUGCCGAGUUAAAAAGUCAGAAAUUGAUGAUACGUUCAUCAUCGUCCUACACAUAAUGAUUAUGUUAUAGAAAAUGAGCUCUAAGUUAUUCGACAAAUUUCAAGGGGCCGGAACAUUGACAAAUAUUUUAUGAUUGUAAUAUAUCAUGCAUUAUUUUCACGACUUAGAAAUGCGUUAACGCUGACAGAAAACUUUAUGGAUGUCUGAAAAAUUGAUCGAACAAGUAUUGCAAAUUUUUUCAAUGGGUAGACGAACCGUGCGAUGUAAUAUUGGAGCAAUGUGACGAAGGAAAUGCAUCUGAAGAUAUUGUGAAGAAAACUAUUGAAGACUAGAAAUUUUUUAUGAAGAUAUUGCUAUUAUUUGAUUUUGUGAUUAUAGCAUUUAUGUUAUUGCUGUUAGCGUUAUAUUUGUUCUGAUGGUGCUAAUAUUAUUUGGAUUAUAAACUGUACU